AUGCAUCGACUUUUUGCUGAGCUGGAGCCAUCUGUAACCGUCACCGAGAAAAACCUGGGAGACCGAGUUCGGUAUAUCUUGCGCUCAAAUACAUUUGAUGUCACAGAACUCGAACGGCUACGACGUGAGGCUGUUCCUUCAUCUGGUGAAAAUGCUGCGGCUGAGGAUGCGGCGCCACAACUUGCUGAGCAAACGGCAAAUGUGGAUGCCGCCGUGAAUACGCCAGUUGUGGUUGAUUCAAACGAUGACGGAACAGUCGCCCAGGAAAUGGAACUAGAGCAAAUGAGGAGUACAUUGGAGGAGGCGAAUGUGGAAACGCGCAGUACGCCUCUCGAAAAUCGACCGCGACUUCCCCGCUUAGCCCUAAGCAAGCUGAAUCGGGCUGUCGUGAGGGCUCUGAACCCAAUGCUGGUUACCUACUUGGAAGCCAGCCGGGACCUUUGCGAGACGGACUCAAUUCUUUUUGGCGCCGCACUGGCAGUCUGCCGUAUUAUAGGCGCCAAACUUUCCACGGCUGGACGCGCUACUGGACAAAGUAGUGCUAUCCCAGCACGGAGAAUAAGAAUUGAAGAACGUAUCGCAAGGGCUAGGGCCCUCAUCGGCUGA